CUUUAACCGACAUGCUUUCGGCAGCGAUAUCUUUCCUAGUGGUAGCCUCAUCAUGGGCUAUGUACAUUCCACAUGAUCCGCCAGAGGAGUACGUUCCAGAUCCGCCAGAAGAACCAAUACCGAUCAAUCCUUUCGAACCACUUUUGUUUAGAGGGUUCAAUGAAAAGCCGCGCCCCAUUGUUCCUCUGUCUGCAAUAUCUGGAGAACAUGGACAUGCUCCCAAUGAUGAUGAACAUUCUGGUGAGUCAAAAGAACUAAAUUCACAUCGUUUUCCGAAUUCUGAUCAGAAUUAUAUUCCUCAACCGGCGAACAUGGAUAACUCCAAGCAAAGCGCUCAAGUUAUUAACAAUUACUACAUCUUUGCGAAAGAAAUAGCUAAGUUAUUCGACGUCAAAAACGGAGCUUUGCCAUGGAGUCCACCAGCCAGAUUUGCAAAACGAGGAGAUUUUGAGACAGACGGGAAGGCUAUCAAAUUGCCUGAGAGAGUGACUCCCCAAGAACAACCAAAUUUACCACUUAAUGUGGAGGAAUUAUUAAAAGACCCUGAUUUUAUUAGAGCUUUUAACCAGGGCCUAGGGAUGCUGUUUGACCAAAAAAUUCCUGAGAUUGAUGGGGGACCAAAAACUACUGGAAAUCCUGCGCCUGUUAUAGGAGAUAUGGAAGAAUCUUCGAAUGGAGCAGCUCAACCUUUCGUUAACAAAACUUCGGAAACGGAAACGGAUGGGGAAGAUCCGCCUCCUAUGGAAGAAUCUGCGAGCACACCCCGUAGUAUUGGAAACAUUUUGACGCCCUCUCAAAAUUGA